AUGGAGUUCACUACUACUCAUGAUAAAAAUUACGUUCAAUGUGUAAAAUGUGGAAAGGUGCUCAUUUCAAGAGACCUCGAACACACGCCGGGUCGAGCGGCUUCAAACCUCCGACAACAUUACGCUUGUGUCCACAAGCAAAAGGAAGGAAAGGUUGUUAUCGAUGGACAGGAGGUCGAGCACCGCACUAGACGCAGCUUCCGCUGUUAUGUGCCGCCGGAGGAGCCGUUGGAGCAACCGGCGCCUGUGGUGCAACCGGCGCCUGUGGUGCAACCGGCGCCUGUGGUGCAACCGGCGCCUGUGGUGCAACCGGCGCCUGUGGUGCAACCGGCGCCUGUGGUGCAACCGGAGGAGCAACAGGAGCAGGAUUCAUUUGACUCGUUUUGA